AUGACUAGUAUGCAAAAAGGUAAUAGGAAACAAUCAAAGAAAGAUUUUGAAGACAUUACUACCGCUGCCAAUGGCCUCAACAGCGGUCAGGCCACACCAAACGGCGCGAUCCUUCUCCUCAUCGACUACUCGACUCCCACGAUGCAGAAGACCACAGCCACCGCCUCAGCACCCAAUCCGUCACUUCUCUUACAUCUUCCCGUCCCGCACCACCCUCACCAGCAAUAUCCCGUCGUGCAUCAGGUCUAUCCCGUACUUCCUCAAAAUCCCGCUCUCGCCCAGUCUCAGACGCCAAUUCUCGCUCACAACGCCCCGUAUCUGGCGCACUCUCACCCAGCGCAGUUCUCUCUCGCACACCCAGUGGAUGUCGUACCAAAGAUGUCCUCGAAUAAAGGCAAAGAACCAGAGUCAGCACCCAUCGAGACUAAAGUCCCUAUUAAAAUCCGCGACUAUGCGUUUGCGCCUUCAGAUCUGCGGUUCUCAGGUGGAGGACCGAAUGUACCCCGUUCAAAUCGUCCCAAGGUCCUUGCCCGCCGUUUACGCGGGUCGUCCUCGUCGACGUCCUCUUUGACUUCCACGUCGUCGACGGAAGAGGAAGACGAGCAGUGGGAGGAUGAGAAUGACAACAAUGGUUGGGGAGGCUUCAAGUGGGGGUUUCAGAAAUUGCAGUCUGGUUGGGGCCUUGGCUCGGGUUCCUCCUCUUCAGAGGACUUUCCUUCGAGAACGGACUUUGCCCGUAACUUUGGCGAUGGCAGUGGGGAUGAUGAUGAGAGUGAGGUGUAUGAAGAGCCAGAUGAAUUCCCUGAGAACCAAGACGAUGAUGAGGAGAUGGAGGGAGAGCCCAUGUUACACCCUGGCCUUUACCGUGCACUGUAUUCCUUCGAGCCAGAAGGAACUGCGGAGAUGAAGCUUGAUGAAGACCAAAUCGUCCGUGUCGUCGGACGGGGUGGUGGAGUUGGAUGGGCCGUAGUUGUGAGAGAGGACACUGGUUCGCAUGCACUCGUACCGGAAAGUUAUCUAGAGGUCGUCAAACUCGAUGGGGACGACCAAGACUGA